CCCUGUUUAACUUGAUCAGCCUUGACCACUUACAUGCUCCUCAUUCCUUCUGGCCACCCUCCUCUGUCCAAUUUCUCAUUCUCACAUACGAUUACGCUCUCCGGAUACCAACUCUAUGCAGUCGAAAAAUGGGUCGUCAACAGAAAUAGGCCGUUCCCUUUGCUGGUGGUAUACACCGACAUGAAGGACGCUGUGCAUUUCCUUAGGCUCGAUGCUCGACCAAAGAAUCUCGAUGAGGGAACGCUCAUGGUCACAAGUCUGGCGCAUUUCCGCUCAGACUAUACUAUUGUCCUGAUUCCGGGAGGAGAUUGGUUGGCUGUGAGAGAGCAGCUUUAUGUGAAUGUCGACUUGCUUCGGAUGGGCUGUGCUGGCCGUACUGCACUUACCCUUGAAAGCCCAAGUAGUGGAACAAGAGACCGGUUUGUAGGAAUGUACGGCUUUCCUACGACCGUAAAAGGUCGAGGGUUCAAUGAAACCGUAUUGGAGAUGGUUAGGCUAAUACAAGGGGCCCUUGGUAUGUUUGGCUUUCAAGUCGAGAGCGAUGGUCUACUGUGUGAUUUGACAGUCGAAGGACUUGGGCAGUGGCUGGCAAGGGUAUACGUUCCAGGACUCUCGAAAGAGAGACUGACGGAUCCAUCUGUCGUUGUUGCUCUCCUUUCCCUUGUGUUUGUUGUUCGCAACAAACUUGCUGCCAUAGGUUACAGUCACGUCGUACCAAAAGACCCGUUUCUACAUCCCCAGUUAUUCAGCAUGAGCCUUGCUAACGUCCAUGUACAACCUCGAAUUUCAAAGACGCCAACUGCGACUCCAUUGCUCGCUGGGCAAACACCCGCGUACAUCACACAGAUCGUCCUUGACACGAUUCACUCUGCGUACGAGCACAGCGGAGAAACUGUCUCGCCCGCCUGUGGCCCAGAGUCAAUCUUAGAGCCCAUCGUGGACGUGCGAAGGUUCGUAGCAGCUGUUUUGGGCACCGAAAAGGGUGAAGAGAGCUUGGGAGGCAUCGUUAGAGGCAUUGGACGGGAGAAAGGCAGCAAGGGCGUCGGGAGCGUCGUACGCGGACUAUGGAGCGGAAGGAUUGCCUCGGUCAUAAGGCUUAGAGAAGGUGCCGAUGGCGAGAAAAAGUCUGUUUGGAGCGACCUUGACACGGCAGGCAGCGAUCGGAGCGAUCCUCGGAGCACUGACGACGAAGGUGAUUUAUUUGCCAGCCUAGCCUGGGGCCGAAAAAGAGUGAAAGGAAAAUUAGAGAGCUGGGCAGGACGUCGGAAGAAAGCCCAAACUUCAUCCGUUGACUUGCGACCGCCUCCGGAGGAUGAAGACCUACUAAGCAGUGGUCAAGCAAGCCCUGUUGUCCCUCCGAACCUUCCUCCAAUGCUCAUGGUUGAGCCCCCGAGUAUCGAAGAAUCCACGGUUGAUCUAGUUCCGAGCUCGAAAUUCGAGGGAAUGGCUAAUCUUGGCGUCAGGAAACGACCCUGGGGAGACCGGAUUAAACAGGGCCGCGUGACAAGCUGGUCGGAUCCGUUGAGCAGCAAGAAGAAAGAACGGCCUCCAACCGCGAACUCGACCUCGGAGGUUGGCUCUCGACCCCUUCCCAGAUUGACCCAGCGACGCAGUAUCGAUGUGAUCACGGACAAACUUAUCAAGGAAACGCCUGUGCUUCGGAUCGAGCACAUGCGUAUUGACGUUGAGCUUUGUGGACAGGUGUUGGUGAUGUGUCGACGAGCAACGCAUCUCAAGAACGUUGUGGAGGUAGUGAGUAUACUAAACAGUCGGCUCACUGGGACGAAUAAGCGGCUGAGGGAAGCCUACAGUCGGUAUGGCGGAGGUGUUAGCGAGAGCAUCCUGGGAGAGAUCGACGCCGAGGGUUCACGGAGCGGCAAGAUGAUGCAGACCGUGAACACGCUGUGGUACGAGGCUGAACAAAUGAGCUUGCGAGAUGCCUGGCAUGCUGGAGUGGGUGGGAGACGCAAAGUGGUAGAGGUGAGGGAAAAAGUGUUCGGACUUGGGCUGGCGAACAAGGAAAAAGGUGGUAAGCAUCGACAGUGGAGAGUCGACGGUGUUGAGCGGGUCGUUGACCGGUAUGGAAGGACGGAGAGUGAAGCAGAGGAAGAACGGGGCGUUUGGGGCGACGCUAGUGAGAGCAGCGAAAGCGAGAAGGGAGAGCAGACGGAAGGUGCCGACUCGGAGGUCAGUCAGAGGAUGAGGCCCGUCUGGCUAUUGAAAUGGUUCACGCGAUGGGGUAGGCAACAAACUGCAGCGGUGCAGACUUGAAGAUAUUUUUAUUUUCGGUAUCAUGAGGAAGCGUCGGAGAAACAUCUCUCGCCACUGGACUGACACCGUGACAUACUGGCUGAUGACCACGAUACUAGAUAUCAUAUGGCUUCA